UGUCACAUGACGGAAAUUACCGUAGGCAGUUAAUUGGCCUCAGCUAGCUACGUCUAGUCCUACUGUAUACUGUACUAGUACAGCUAGCUCAAGCAGUGCACCUUUCUAGCAAGAAUUUAGUACUGAAGAGCCAACCAUAGGAAUAAAGCUUCUCUAGUUUCACAAUGGCUGAGAAGGAGCCUCAGCAAAGCUCCGUGGUGGAUCCCCUGGAGGGGAAUCCCCCUAUCUCAGAGGUCGGAGGUCAAGAGGAGGUGGACUUGGGCACAGCUAAGAGAAAGAAGAGCAAGAAACUCAAGCAAGACCCUCGGCUGAUUGUAGAUGGUCUUCAACUCAGUCUGAAAGCCAGCAAGCAGCCAUUUGUCUCCUACACCUACGCUCUCACAACCCUCAUGGAAAGUGGCAUCAAAAUAGAGACAAAACUGCUUGCUUCGGAACCGGUCGAAUCACAGCAUAUUCGCCUCCACACACUACAGCCUGGAGAGACCCUCAGCUCCAUUGCCAGCACGUACAGAAAGUCAUACACAGUGGCUGUCAUUCUCAUCAACACAGAGGACAGUUUGGAGCUACCCAUAGAGAUUGAGGACGGUGCUGUGAGAUCCAAAAAGACUACAUUUCCAAUAGCCCUCGUUUCGGGCAAGGACGGGAAAAGUUUGAGAGAUUUUGUGACUCGUCAUGAAACAGGAGAAUUGAGUGCUAAACUGGAGACAAAGAACCAGCCUCACAUCGAGUACAAGCGCCAGCCUAAGGGCGGGAGCUCGCCGGGGUCAGAGUCCACCGUGACACUCAGCACACGAAGGAGAGGGCUCAGUUUCAGAAGAAAGAAUCGUCGAUUACCAGUGAUCAACUUGAAAGAAGAGAUCAAGAACCUUAUUUUCCCCGUCAGUGGUCCGGUGUGUGUAUCGGAGGAUGAGGAAAAGUUCAAGCUCGUCAUGACCAUUCUCUACCAGUACGAACAAAUGAUCCAGCGUGGGGGGCAGACGUCCGGAACCCUGCUGUUCAACAAGCUCAUGAAGCACAUUGACGAGAUGUUUGCCAGGGACUUCCCCUUCUACCUCCUGGUGGCUUACAGAGCACACAAGAAGCAGUCUUGCUAUCUGUGUGAUGAGCUGAGGCCAUUUGUGAGGACCUGUGUGGACAAGUUUGAGCGUCUGGAGCCGGUCUCCAUCUGCAAAACACUCGAGACAUUCUUCCUCAAAGUUGAGGACUCCAACCUGAUGUUUGAGUCAGACAACAGCACCACCUCAGUGUACCUACUGCUGGAGGAGGCCUGCAUUGCUCUCAUGAACUUCUCCUUUAGUUUGCGGAGUCAGGAAGGCUCUGCUUCACUACACAAGGCUGUCUACUACAGAAUGCUCUGGAUUGCUACGGCCUACAAGUGUCGCACACAGAGAAGCACUGGACCCAGGGAGAAGGUCGACUACUGGAAGAACAACCUUACUGCGGCUGAGAACUUCACUCAACUCAACACGGAGGUGAUUCAGAGCCUCAAGAGAGGGGUGGAGUUUGGUCGUCUCCUCCAGCUGUCCGACGAGACCUCCUUCACCAGCUCAUACAUGGCAGACGUUCUCACCACCAAGAACAUAGUCAGACCAUUUCACCAACUCAGGGAGUUUGUGAUUGUGUUGGAACCGUACGUUUUGCCAGAGGAGGAUUUUGUCCGCCAUCUGUUAGCCCGCCCUCGAGAGUGUUAUCGCCAGGCAGGGGCGGGGAGCUGGAGACGAGCACAAGAGGAACAAGCACUUCUACUCAUCCUGCAAGAUGGCCUUGGUUUCCUGGACACUGUUCUGGAGGUUAGUCGCAAACGUCAGUGGACAAGUACACCUCUCCACACAGAGCUCAAGGAGUGGUGUAUGGUGCUGCUGGAACCAGUCCAGAUUAUCGGGGGAAAUGCAGACGCUUGUCUCAAGGAGUUCCUCUCUCAUAGGACAGGCGGAGUCACGAAACACUAUCAAGAAACCAUCAAGAGAGACCUGGUGCUCAAACUGGAGAUGAGCCUGGACAAGCUCUCAGUGGAGCAGUUUCUGCAAGUCUACAAGGCCUUCUACAUUUGGCCACCCUGGAUUGUACAGAAGUUUCUGGAGCAGUACAAGAUUCCCCAAGAGGUCAAGAUCUGUAGCAACACUUGGAAGGAGUUCUUUGGUGUCUUUGUGGAGAGAUUUGUCGAUGCCCAUCAUCACAAGUUUCUGCUCGAGUUCUUCCAGUCAGUGGCGCAGUGCUACCUCAUCCAAAACAGGAGCAAGGAAUUCAUUCUUGAUCUUCUACGAUUGGACGUCCCUCAACUCUUUGUGACCGCUCCCGAUGAAGGCAGUAUCUGUUCAGGGGAUGCCCCUAUUGACUUACUCGCUCUGACAGUGCCCGAAGAGUUUGUCCAGUUCCUGUCAGACUACAUUCAAAGGAACUCGUUGCGUGACGAUCUGCUAGACGACAUUCAGACCAUUUGGCGCUUGAUAGAUGAGCACAGUGAGUUCCAGAAGCUUGUACUGCAAGUACUCCAGCAGGAGCUGAUCCCAGAGUCAGGUUCACUACACGGACCUCUGAGCAAAUCGAUGAAGUUCCUCCUCAAAAACUGUGUCUCCACCAUCUGCAGUGGACUGGAUUCCCUCCACGAUCUCUCCUCAAAGCUCACCUUCUGCUGGGGUGUGGUCGGAUCAUGCUGCUUGAAGAUGCCACUCACUGAGAACUUAGAAUGGCUUUCCAUCUACUACUCUCUUAUAGACCAGCUUGGCCGUAUCUACUCCGUGUAUCAGUCUAAACAGGAGGAUGCAGAAACGAAGAGCAUACUAACAGAAGACUCGAUGUCUACUGAAGUCACUCAAUGUACUGACGAAGGCGUCGGCGUAUUUUUCAAGUGGAUAGCUCAAGCACAGCAAGUUUUGGGAACCUGGAGGGACAGGCUUAAAUCGAGGGAUGUGAAUUAUGAUGAUCUGGUUGUGUAUUCAAAGCAGUACAGUCAGAUCAGCCGUGCUGCAAUGGCUCUCAACUCUGGCGGCUUGGUGAUGGACAAUCAUGAGCUGAAGAUGAUGAAACAGGAGUUUCUGCAGCAGUUUGAGUUGCUCAAUCUGUUCCUGCUGCGCUAUGUGAGCGGUUGUCCCGACUUGCAGUGGUGCUCAAUGCUACACAUCCUCUCUGUGUAUGGAGUAAAUCUGGAGCCAAGGAUUCUUCUAGCCAUCAAGAAAUACGUCACGUUUCCAGGGGAAAGUCCCUACACACGUCGUAGCAACGCUCUGGAAACCCCCAUCCCCUCCAGCGUCAGCAACAACUUCCUGCCCCCUGGUGAAAUCCAACUGGAAAUAUCUCGCGAGUUAACGGCAUCAGCUCUCAAAAACCUCGUGGCUGCUUUUGCUAGUUUCAUUGAACCAGUUACAGAUUUGGACUUUCUGACUUUUUUCUAUCUUAGCGGGAGUGAGAUUUUUGAUAAACACCUCAAAUUGCAGCUAAGAAAACUGGACAAAACAAUUGAACCCAGCUCUGCCCCCCAACCAUCAAUGUCGUCUCUACUUUCGAUCCAGUCCAUCACCCUGGAUGAGCCGGCUGUGAGAGCUGUGCACAUCACACACCUUGCACGAGCACUCGAGAACACUAUGGACUUCAUAAAACGUCUGAUUGUAGGUAGUGCUUCGUACAUUGAGAUUGUUGCCGAGGGCUCCCUCAGUUUGCGAUCACUCGAUAUCGAAAAGGAGUUUGAAAUUCUCGCACUUUACAGUGAUUUUGCCAAAAUUGACACGGACAAUGCCAAAGGAUUGGAUGGAGUGAAAGCAAUGCUACAGCUGUUCCAGUACACGCGUCACAUUCAAGUGAUCCACUCUGUGUGCCAGCAGUACAACCUUACCAAUUGCCUUAACGACCCAGAUCUGAACUCACUCACUGAACUUGUGGAAACUUUGGAGGAGAGCAGAGACGAUCUCACUGCCAAAGAUGCCAUUGACAAAAUGAAGAACGUCACCAAGGCUCUCUGUUUAGAAACGGGCCAGAGCCUUCGUUUCCUCGAUCUAUUUAGUGCCGUACAGGACAGCUCUGAUUUCCACCGAUUUGUAGUUCAAGAGAAGCAGUUUGUUGGUCAGCAAGGGCAAGAGCUGUUUCAACAGCAGUUUGAAUUGAUCAAGACACAGCUUCAGCACGAAGAGUACAAUGAGGCUGUAUUAAAUCAUCUCUACGCGGCCUUCAAGCUCAUCAAGCCGUUCACAAACACUGAGCAAAAUUUCUCGACAUUGAUGGUGUCUGUGGCCAGCCUCAACGCUCUGGAUGCUCGCAGGCAACUAGACACGGUCAACAGGAACAUCAAUCUCAUUCGACUCUGGUUCUCUAGAGCAGAAGGUGAUACUCUCCAGGGGGUAUCAACCGAGCUACGUUGCAUCCUAGCCUCAGGGUACUACACAUUUCUGUACUCUGCCAGCUCCACCCCUCUCAACAACGUGUGUGGCUCCAUGCAGCUGCACUACAUACCCCACUCGUCACUCUACCAGAACGUGGGGGAGGUGGGGGAAUCCCCUUCAAAACCCACGGAGGAUCGACGGAACCACGAGGCAAUUGGAGACUUUGUGAUGAAGCUGGGGUUCCUGGACUCAGAGGGUGAAGCUGGCAGCGAUAUCAGCCAUUUCCUGCACAUCAAUCAGACCGCUACCAAGUUGCUUGGUUUGUACUCCAAACUGCGUGAGCUGGGUCAUCCCAACUUCCUGGGCUCUCCCAUGAAGACCAACCUCCGCUGCUCCCUCUCUCUGGACCAGGCCAAUGAGAUAGUUAGUGAUGCUGCUCAGCUGUUGGUCACCUGGGAGAAGGAAGUGGCUAAUCUAAGAGCCGAGUAUGAACAGCUGCUUUAUUUCUCCGUGCCUAAGCUGUUGCAUCUGUAUCAAGGCCUCACCGCUCAUCAGCCCAACCUCACUGCUGUCGUGCAGGAUGUGAGCUUCCUGUUUGAGAACAAACCACACGUUCAGGCACAACUCAGGAACUCUGUGAAGGAUCUGCUGGAGGCCCAGUCCCAUCUCAAGGAGGAUCGUACGCGUAGCACGCCCAUGCAUGUUGUAGGAGCCUUCCUCAAGUCUCUCCUCACCAACCUGGAUCUCUCCAACAACUCUCUCAAGAGGCGGCGUCGUGGAUCAGUGUCCUCCACCGUGUCACGCUCCUCAUCUUCUGGGCAGUCCACUCAUAUUCUGCACUCCUGUGCUGCGUUCACUCAAGGCCAACUGCUCCGUCUCAUCAUCUCCAUAUAUGGAGGUGUCCCUGAAGCCUUUGAAGUGUACCACUGCCGCCCCACGAGCACGGAGGAGGAGCUGCGACUCUUCAUGAACCCCAAGAGAGCCACAAAGAGACCUUUCCAGUACCUCAUUCUAGAGAUCAACAAACUGCCCUACAGACUACAGGAGAUGUUGGUGAGGAUCCACUUUGACCUGAAGGAGGCGGUGGUAUUAUCUGACGAGGCUGAGAGUCCAUGUGUACAUUUUGUGGAGACUGGUCCUUCUCUGCUGCAAGAAAUGCCAUGGCUGCUCAGAAUGGACUACAAGGGAAUUGAACCUCAGCUGGACUUUGCCGAGGCCUCCUCCACCAGUAAGAAUGCUGCUCUGCACUCUGACGACUUCAGCUACCUGCAACUUGUCUAUGGCAAAGCUGGUGAUGGCAAGACCCACUACAUUGAGAACCAGAUGCGUCAGUGCUCUGAGUGCCUGAGGGUGGCGGUCAACGAGGCCUUCACACCACUCUCCACUAUUCAGAAACUGGCCGGGAUGGAGUUUGAUGAUUCAGAGCCAGCUGUGUUCUUUAACUUCACCUUAUUGCCUCCAGGGGAAGCAGUGAGUGAGAACGAGAGGAGUCACUACUUUCAGCUCAUAGAGAGCAUCAACUGGUUCUUCUUUGACCUGUUCAUCCUGGGCUAUGUGGAGGACCCAGUCACUGGCCUCUCCUUCAGGUUCCCAGGAGGGUUCAAGAUAGCCAUCUACGUUGAGGUUCCAUCUCGAGUUCAAAUGGACCCGACUGCCUCCCUCAAGGCCUUCUAUGAGGACAUUCCCUCUCUGAGUCUCCUGGGGUCAAAAUACUUUGUGGAGUCUGCCACGCCCUUUGUGGUUGACCCUGACGUCCAGCUUGUGUGUAAGUACCUGAGGGCAUUCAAGACUGGGGGCUCUCGUGGCAUUGACCGACUCUACAAGGAAUCUGGUGGUCUGUUCGGUGGGCGUAAGCAAGGUGUCCCGAUCAAGUUCAGUUUGGACUCUGACCUUAGCGAGGGAGAGUGCCGCAAGCUGUUGAACAGAUACACUCCAGAAAACAUGAAAGCAAAUAAAGCCACUCAGAAACUCUUCAUCAAGUACAUGAAGAGACGCUGUGCCUUCCUCGACAACUGCCCCGCCUUCAACUACAACUCUGGCUCCACCGAGUACCUGGUGAGCGCUAAUGGGGAGAAAAGAAAGAACGACACAAAGGAGCUAGGCUCCACUCUCAUGGACACAAUGCUCAAGGAGGUCAGCGAUUUCUGUGACCCCUUCAUCCGCGAAGAUUGGGCCCUCAAGCCUCACCACCAGCUGAUCUAUGACUUCAAGGAUGGUGGUGGUACCAUCGGACUAAUGUCCUUACACCCUGACCAGAUACCCAAGGAGGACGUGGACAAGUUCAAGAAGAUGGGCGUACGGAUACCCUCCAUGUUUGACCUGUACUCUCGUGAUUGCCUCGACUCUCUCCUCUCGAGGGCUCUGGACGUUCCUCUGAACAAGAAGGGCAGACUCGCCAUUGUUGACGAGUGUCGUUACGUUCUCACACUUGACUUUGCACUCAAGAUGCUCAACAUUCACGAGCGUGCUCAGGGGGGAGUCCCUGUCAUUAUCGAGGGAGAGACGGGAGUGGGGAAGACUGCACUCAUUGAGAUGCUCUCCAGACUAUGGAACUACUCACUGUUUAACACUUGGAAUGUGUACAAGGAAAGGAUCAUGGACUUCAUCAAGGGGAAGAUUCAAGAGCUCCCUCCCUCCUCCUUCAAGAAGCACUCUGGCAGUAUGGAGUCAGUCCUCUCCUUUGCAGACAGCAGUAGCCUACGUGAGGAUGACCUGAUGCAGAUUGCUGAGAUACCUCUACCUGGGGAAGGAGAGAAGCAAUUCUUUUCUGUCAUCAGAGACCAUCUGAUGGAGCUUGCCGGAGACCCCAUAUUGUCCGUGUUAGAGCCACGCUCAGAGGAUGAUGAUGGACGCCUCACAGUCUCGCAAAUGGUGGCAUCAGCACAGUUCAAGGACAAUUCAAAGGACAUCACCCGCCUCCUGUACAAGUUCCUCAACUGUCGAGUGCGUACUUUGUUCUUCAAGCUCAACGUACAUGCAGCCCUGCAACCAUCUGAGAUUAUUGAAUUCUUUUUGCCCAUCUUCGAGACGGCUAAAAUGUUGCAGAAAGCGUACGAGAGAUUCACUACACAAGUCAAAGUGCCCUUCAUCACGGUGUUUGUGGAUGAAGUGAACACAUCGUCGUGUCUUGGUCUCUUCAAAGAGGUCAUCAUCGACAGAACACUCGAAGGAGAGCCUAUCCCCAGCAACAUAUUUAUCGUGGGUGCUUGCAACCCUCACCGUGGGAACAGCCUGGCUGCCCACGGGAGUCAGGAGACUUGGAUAAGAGGAACUUACUAUGUCCGACAGCUUCAUCCCACCAUACGUUGCCUCAUGUGGGACUAUGGGGCACUCGGGGAACAGCAAGAGAGAGACUAUAUCCUCGCCAAAAUGAAGCUUUCGAAUCAAGACGACACCGCUAAUGCUGAUCUGGCUAAUCUCACAGAACUCAUCGUGCUUAGUCAGAACCUUAUGAGGAAGUAUGCUCUCGAACAGCUCAAGGAUAUCGGUCUUUCCGAUGCUAAGGCAUCCGAGUAUUCCCGGAGCUGUGUAUCUCAGAGGGAUAUUCAGAGAGUGUUUACCUUCUACAAAUGGCUCUAUAAGAUGUACAUGAAAUACCAGCCUUUUGGAACACUGUGCGACUACAAUGUACGCGCCGUAGCCGUUGCCCUGGGCCUUGUCUACUAUCUACGUUUGAACAACGCGUAUCGAAAGAAGUAUAGUGAAAUUUUAGACCACGAAAUGGCCCCCUCUCAACUUUCCUUCACCAAGACUUUCAAGGAGGAGCUCGAUUGGUACAUUAAUCACAUCGAUCUGCCCACAGGCAUUGCCAAGACUCGAGCUCUGAAAGAGAACCUAUUUGCAACCAUAGUGUGUACCAUGACCCACACCCCACUGGUCAUUGUCGGCUCUCCAGGCUCCUCCAAAACACUCUCCUUUAACCUCACACUGGCAAACUUGAAGGGACAAGAAUCCAAAGUCCCACAGUUCAGAGAAACUGAGAUUUUCAAAGCCCUCGAUCCUCAGAUCUACCAAUGCUCUCGACGUACAACUUCUAAGGAGAUCACGACAGUUUUCAGUCGAGCUAUCAAUCGUCAACGCACUCACCAGACUAUUCCACUGCCAGUCUACUGUGUGGUCUUUAUGGACGAGGCAGGCCUACCAGAGGAGAGCCACGAAAGCCUCAAGGUACUACACUACUUCCUGGACACGCAGGAAGUCUCUUUUGUGGCCAUCAGUAACCACGUUCUGGACGCAGCUAAAACAAAUCGAGCAGUCAGUCUGUUCCGCCCUGAAGCCACCCGUGAAGAACUCACCACUCUGGCUAAAGGCUGUCUUUGCAGUACACCUGAAAUGCCACCUCCAGAACUUAGAAAGGACAUGACUAUCGUGGCUAACUUCUGUACUCCGUAUCUCACUCUCAUGUCAAAGCCGCGUUUUGCACGAUUCUUUGGCCUUCGAGAUUUCAUCAAUUUCAUCUCUUACCUUCGUCGUAAGCGUAAGGACAUGCUCGACCCUCAGCUGGUUAUGGAGGCCCUGGAGAGGAACUUCAAUGGAGUCAACAAUGAAGACUUUGAGUACAUCUGCAAGCUAUUCCUCAGAGCAGUCAACUCUACUCCCAACCAAGUGAUGUCCCGGAACAUUCUAGACAUUCUAGUCUCCACCAUGCUUGACCACCCCGAGGACGCUGGGGCUGAGAACGAGAUGAGGUACAAGCUGAUCAUUGAUUCAAGCGAUGACGGCUCACUUGUACGACUUCUCUUCUCGACUGGCGUACUACAGAGGAGCAACACACGAGUGUAUGUGUGCAGUGACUUCCCUGGAGAUGCUGAACUGCAGAAAGUGAACACUAUAGCUGCCAUCAGACACUCUGUCACCGAGGGCCACACUGUAGUCCUCUCUCAAACUGACUCCAUUCACGAGAGCUUCUACGAUCUCUUCAAUAGACGUUUCCAUCGUAUCGACGCUGCGUCUGGGCCUCGUUACUAUGCCAACAUUGCCAUUGGCGCUCACAUCAAGCCUUGCCGAGUGCACAGUGACUUCGAUUGUGUGGUGGUCGUCAAACAAAGCGAAGUCGAGAGCAUCCCUCCGCCAUUCUUGAACCGUUUUGAGAAGUACUACCUCUCCCAUGAGCUGGUACUAGAGGCCACACUGUGCAAUGUACCACCUGCAAUGGCCGCUGUCCUCAAGGCUGCUAUGCAGAAGGCUGGAGAGUUUGUUGAGCAGAUCAGUGGGUCCACAUCUCUGUAUGGCCUUCAGAAGGAGACACUCUACUCGCUACUCAUGAGUCUGCUGCCUCCCCUCAAGCAUGACUAUGAGGGUCAACACAGCCCCCUAUCUGGUCAGACUCAGCCCACUGACGUAAGAGAGCGAUUGAUGCAGGCACUCAUGAGAGCUCUCAAGGAAAAUGCUGGAUUCCAGAUACCCUCAUAUUCCGACGAUGAGGUUCGUGCAGACACUGCCGAGGUGAUGGAGAUCAUUAUGCUCGACUCUGAGUUCUCUGGUCAAAUCCUACGUCUAAUGAGCAUGGAAUCAAAGACAGAGGUCACUCAAGUCAUUCACAAUGCUGUCAAAGAUGCUCUAGACCUACUCCACUAUGCCAAAACACUUGACGUUCCAUCCACGUCAGCAAAUGCGUGUAUGGUCAUAUCGAUGCUCACACAUUGGCUUGUGCGGUACUUGUGUAAGAGAGUGAUGCAGUUGAUGACCUCUGAGGCUUUGUGUAUGCAUCACAGGAGAAUCCCUGCCUCCUUCAUCCAGUCCUAUCUGAACCAUCAGCACCACUUCAGUCUGAGGGAGCUGCUCGAGACACAGUCGAAGAAACUAGAGGAGCAAGACUCAUGUGCGGCUAACAAGCUGGUGUGCUUCAUGCGAUCCUCCUCCCCCCUACACCAACUCCCCGCCCAGUACCCCACCCCCGACCAUCAACGAAGCCCUGGCGGUGACAACAAAUCUCUACUACGAGAGCUAGUCUUCACAAACACACAGGAACUAGUUGUACACAAAAUGUCCUCAAUCACAUCCUUUACGAAUGUUAACGACCUCUUGAAGAGCUUUGCGCUCUCGAGUACACAGCGCGUACUAGUGGUCAUAGUCAACAUGGAAGACACUACCAAAGAACUUGUCAAUCACUUGAGAAUCAUGAUCGAAGAGAACGAAAGCAAAUACGCCUCUGGAAAGAAACUAUUUGCACUGCUGCUCCACUUUCAGACCUGCAGACCGACGAGCCCCUGCUACCCAGUCAUGUUUCUACCAGGCUGGGACUUUAACUAUCUCGAAAUGAUUGGCUACAGUCCACGAGGAGGUGUGUUGGACAUACGGGAUUGGUUCAGGCAAUGCUACGGCAAAUCAUCGCUCCCUGAUCAUUCCAUAGCCCCUCAUCUGAGUGCCCUCCUCCACGAAGCUAUCCCUGCCAUUUCCUCGCGUGUCUAUUUCCGAGAGCACCCGGAGUCGCCAUUCAACACUGCCAUGAGGAUACCAGAGAGAAAUCGUGCUUUGGAGAGACUAUUCUUUGAUAAAGGAGUGGGUGAGGUUUUGUGCCAGAGAUUCAACUCUUACUGGACACCGAGCGUAAUGGUUGAGUAUUUAGAGAAGGCUGCUCUACACGCACAGCAGCACGAGUCGCCAAACGUGAUUGACAACUUGCAGACCAAUUUCAAGAGUUUGUUUGUCGAUUUCCUCGUCUAUAUGGUCCAAGAAAUGAACAAAGGAAUGAACAUUGAUGUUCUCUUCGACCCAGACUCCACACAAGAUACGAUCAAGCUCUUCCUCGAUAUCCUUCGAGUGUCUCCCAUCCCCAAACUCCCAGAAAUCACGAUGCUACGAAUUGCAAACGACACGUCAGCCCAUAAGGAAAGCAAGGAGAUUCUCUCUCCUCCGAAAUUCCCAUAUUUUGCUCAAGUUUCUAGCGGUAUUGAGCGUUUGGUAGACCAGACUCAGCGGGACUUCAACCAGAGCAUUGAUGCAGCUGAUGACCUACUGUCUGUAUUGCAGUGCUCAGAGCAGGACAGGGCCCAGACCAUGAGCAGUCUAUUCAAGAGUCUGAUCGCCAGGCUUUCUGAAGUCUCACAGGGUGAUGAGAGCACCCCCCUCUCUGUCGGACUGAAGGCACUGCUCUCUCUCAACUCUCACUGGGUCAAAUACGUAGAGGACUUCACUCACCAAAAACUACUCCUUGAAUUCGGCAACUCUGGAACAAGUGACAAAGUUCGCAGAGCUGCUUUUGGGGACCUCGAAAACCGUACUCCAGUACAGCGUCUUGCUGUCCUGCACGUGUAUGUGUACAUCCACAAGCUCAACCUAGCCAAGCUGGUGUCAAUUCUACGCCCUCUCGACCAAUUCGAGGAUGCUGUUCUCACUCUAACUUCCCUGGCCUCUCCUGCUGACACCACCAAGUCUCUGCUGGCUAGUGUGGAAGAUGGGAGUGAUCUCUUGGGCUGCUCUGAGGCUCUGAGCAGCUUUAUCAUUAGCACGCUGUUCAAGGCUAUAGCUUUCAUUAGCAUGACUUACUUUGCUCAGGGAGAAAGGCAGUUGCUGGAGAAAGAAGUGGAGCAAGUUAAGAUCUGGUUCAAGGCAUACAGAGAUGUUAUGUCAAUGCCGUCUCUACGUGAGCACCUAUACACGAGUCGCUCCCCUAGGACAGAGGCUCAGCAUUCAGCCAUGCACCUCCUCUAUCUGAUGGUCCGCUGCCGACCACUGGGGGACGUAGGGACCUACCAAUGUGGACUACACACAUUCAAUGGCGUCUUCAAUAAGUUCUUCAACACAAGAUGUGAACUCCAAGGCUCUGCUCCCCGACUGGAGCAUCUAGCGGCGGCCAUCAUGGAGGGACUUCCCCUUCUCCCACUGUGGGACCUCCCUCAAGCCCGGGGGAUACUCGAGGGUCUACUCUCCCACUCCUUCUCUCAGUAUCGUACCGUGUACCACAGCCAGGACAUGGAGUGGUUCCUAGAGCUGGCUAAUGGUCAGAAGAAAUGGCAGGCCACCUAUAUUAUGGAUGGCAUCUAUGAGUUUGAGUACUCAGAAGACCUGAAUGCCGUGCUGGGGGAGCCAGAGAGUCCAGAACACCUCACUCUGAGCAAGCUGGCUGCCUUGCUACCCACCGCUCUGUUCAAGUUCUAUCUUCGUCGAAUCAUACUCACGAGUAUUAAGAGCACUGAGGACCCUAUACAAUCAGUGCUGCUCUUCUACAACAAGACUGAGGCCCACAAGUUGAUCACCAAGGUGCUGUGCUCUAACCCUGAACUGGGACGGUCUAGCCCUUACGUGCCGACCUUCUACCAGCUCUGUGACUACAUCUCUCCAUCUCCCUCCUCUGAAAACAAGUUGAUGCAGCAGCCACUGGCCCACCUCUAUUUCCUCACUGUCAUGGAGGACCUCAAGGACUCUAACUUUGGGCUGGCAGGACUGGUCAAGACUGUGCAUAACAUCUCUAAGUGUGAGCACUGGUUUGAGGGUCACGAGUGUAACUGCUGUGACGACCAGGUCACUGACACACACAGUACUACAGGCUGUCAGCUAGUGCUACUACACAUAGAAGAGCAAGCACUCACUCAGGUUAUCAUCAAGGAAGUGGCCAGACACCUCGACCCAGCCAGCCCCUCCAAAACCAACGCUUUGUUUGCUGUUCUGACUGAGGUGAAUGCUAUCCUGGAUGACAAGUGGAUGGGGGGUGGCAAUAUUGGUGGUCACGGUCUAACACUAGCCAUGCAUCUUCUCAGAGAAAAGAAGAGUUUCCACAAGUUCAUUGCCUGUCUCACGACUGACUUCAACACUCUCAAUGAUGGCAUCAACUGUCUACUGCCCUUCCACCAAGCACUCGCCACUCCGGCUCCUGUUUCUAUCAAGCCAGAUUCUCAGACCUUCAUGCCGUAUCCAGAGCUAGGGUCAGAGUUCACUUCCUUAUAUGGGCGUAUCGUGGGUGGGAUGAACGCUGUACACUCUUCACACGGCUCCUCUGCCAAAUCCAGAGAAAAGGAAUUCAUUCGACUAGCUGACGAGUGUAUACAUGGAGAGCUGGGUGUGUUGACACCAUCAGGAGGACAGGCUGCCAUGAACAAGCAGGCCGCCUUCAGGACAGCCCUCUGGCUGGUGACUUACAACGAGUUCUUCAUCAAGAAGAGGCAGUCCAAGUCGCUGGUGCAAGUGAUUAGCAAUCUCUCCAAGAAGGUUGGCUCUACCUUUGUCCAACUGAUCCAAGCGUUUCUAGACCCUGAGCUAAUAAACCGAGGUGGAGAUGGUUUGGGAGAGUCAAUGCGGUCUUCUCACCUGUCACCACUAAUGGGCCUGUUCACUGGAGCCAGUCAAGAGAAUUCCUCGAUGGCUGACCUCCAACGUGCUCUGGUUCACCUGAUUACUGCCUCUCUGGCUGCUCCUCCCAACACCACCAACCUUUGGUGCCUCCUGUUCAACCCAGAUCAUCUGACUGGCUCCUACCUGCCGGGAUUCAUGUACGACUCUCCAGUUGGGCCUGAUGACCAGUUCUAUGGUUACGGGGUGGAGCUAUCCAACGAGGGAUUCUACUCGUGUAUGGACUCCAUCCAGCACGUCACUCGUGGCACGUACAGUCUACACUCCCUCUACUCUCUCCUGUGGGUCAACUUCUCCUCGCUCUUUGUUUCCCUUCUCACGCAACCCGGCUCUAAGGAGAGGUUGUCAGGGCAACUGUUCUCGAGUGGUGACACUAUAGUGGAGCUCUGCUCUGCUCAGAUGAUGAGAUUAUGGGAUCUGCUGUGUAGUGGAGUGAACGUGUCAGAGGAGGAGAGAUCGCUGCUUGUGGGGGAUUGUCUCAACAGGUUUAUUGAGCAACAACUGAUCAGGACUCCUGAUCUACGAGGGAGACUGGCCUCACCCACUGAGCGUGACCUCUACGAGAGGAACUGGCACACCAAGGUCUUCACACCGUCCCUGAGCUCAGUCAAGACUAGGUUUGAGAAGUCAAGUGCUUUCCUGACAAUACCCCUGAUACAGAAUGUCAUUAAAUUGGACUCGCGCUACCCAUGGGCUCCUGGUGUCCCCUCCCUGACGGACGUGGUCCUCUCCUCCAACACCACAGCUGACUCUGCCCACCCCCUCUACCCCCUUUCACAGUUUGUCAUCGAGUAUCCACGGCUACGUGUGGGUAUGGACCUAUUGCCGUCACUAUUGGAGCUUUAUCAAUGGCUGCAUUCUGAGCUCUGCUAUGCCAUGUCGUAUGAGCAGACCACCAAUAUUACGCUGGGUAGGCUCUCUAAAGUGCUGACAAGGCACUCCAUGCUUACCAGCAUCAGCAAGCUCAAAGAGCUGUUCAACCGCUAUGUCCAGUUGACCGGUUGCACUGGCCACCUAGGCCCAGUCACGCUGGGUGAGAACACUCCCCUCCUGCACCUGCUCUCCUGCCCCAGUGAGCACAACACUGACCUAUUGUUCACCGUCAUCAAGGAUGUGAUCACAUUCCUGAACCAGUUCUUCGAGGCACAGCUGAGAGUAUUGAAGGAGUGUGGUGUCAACGAAAGCCUCCUCCCCUCAUCACGGCGUCGUGUGCCUGUCAUGGAGUUUGUUCAUCACUAUAUGCUCAUUGCACAAGCAAGGAGUUGCAACGACCUCCUCCAGCUGAUCCACGGACGCACCCUCCUCCCGCCUGCCUACCCUCCUACAUCAGACGCAGAGCCUCGACGAACACACAGCUACCUCCCUGGACAACUGUCCACUCUCAUUGACCUCCAUCCCCUUCAAGAUGACAUUCUCUCCCUGUGUGUGGUGGGUGUGCCUCUCAUCGAUCCUUCCUCCAUCGACUCUCUGAGACUACCAUUCAAGUUUAAGGAGGACACUACCUCCAACACACUGCAACAGCUCAAACUACAAGACUAUGCAAGUGAUUUGGAAAGUAUUGCCAGCAAACUACCAGAUGCUUUCAAGGUACCCCUGGACGACACGUACCGCAAGAGGCUGGAGUAUGAGUUCCAUUGUGCUGGCUACCACACUGUCAUGGAGGUCAUCAGUGGACUCAGGACGGCGAUAGGUCACCUCAUUCAAGACGUUGCUGAUGACAACAGGAGGGGUGAGCUGGUGACUGUGAAACUACCAGAGUACCUCGUCUCUCUCUAUGAGUAUGACCCUCAGAACAGUGCCACUGAUGUCUUCCACGAGAUUGGCAUCAACAGCUUGUCUCAGGCACAGCACGCUUGUCUGGACAGCCUCUCUCUAGACAACCUCUUCCACACCCGAAACAUGUUUGUACGAUGGGCAGAGGAAGGACUCUACGAUUUCUGCUCCCUCCCGUUUGGAGUUAAGAAACACUUGAGUGAAUCUAAUGAGCAAGCACUGGAUCAGUUGCCUAAACGUUUUAAUGGCUCCCCUGCCGAGCUGCUCAAUUCCCUCCGCUCAUUGGUGGACGUAUUGGUUCAUUUGGAGCCAAGUAUUGUCAAAGCUGCCACAAGCACACCUCAGAAGAGUCUGAUUGACUACCUGGAGAAGCUGAAGGUGUGCAGCAAUAUAGAGGGAGUGCAUGACAUCAUCCCAGCCAACGUCUGUCUGGAGAACUAUGUCUCACUCAGACUGGUCAUGAGGAGGCUCAUCACCAGAGUACAGAGAACCCGCUCCCAGUCCGAGCUCUCCACUCCCGAACCAAUUGAGGAGAAGUGGAACGAGUUUAUAUCCGAUUUGUGGGAGAAGAGGCUCCAAAAUUUCAGGCGUACCGGCUACAACGUCCGUACCUUUCCUGCCUCCACUUCGAAGGCCCCUGAGACGAUUGACGUCACUGAGUCUUACUCGACCAUUCUCAAUGAGCUCAUUCGUUUCACAUCAGAGAGAAACCUCCUCGACGCCUUUGCUGAAGAUGAGCUCAACCUAUCAGGGUCCCUACUGGAACUACCCACCACUGAGGAAGCUGAGGAGUCCAUCACUGCUCCACUCAAGCAGCCAGCUAUUUCAGAUGAGGAGCUACUGCGAUUGGCCAAGAAGGUGUCAGUCGAGCAAGUGGUAGAGUUCCUACAGAGUGUACAAUUGGACCAGUAUGCUACCACUUUCGAGGAAUCUGAUAUCAGUGGGGAACUUCUGAUGGAGUUUCAAGACGCAGAACUUGAAGAAAUGGAAAUCGAUAGUCCUCUUGAUAGACUUAAGAUCGUCGUGUUCUUUAAACGGUUCUUAAUGGAGUCUGAAGGUCUCCAGCAAGAAAACAUUGUAUCUCCCAGCGAAGUUGCGAAGGUUUUAAAUGAAUACCGACAGUUGAAGGAAUAUGCCAAAGCUUUCCUGGAGAACCGUAUGGACAGCGAUCUUAUUGGAAGUGCUAGUGAUGAAGUGUUCCGGGAGUUAGGAGUGGAGAAAGGGGCACACAGGUUGAUGAUUAGGAGCAAGUUUAAUGCUAAUAUCAACUAGGAGUGUAGCGAAUAAACUGAACUAACUAUUAAUUAUUUUGUGUAUAAUAAUAAUAAUUUAUGUAUUAAUUAAGCACUGUGCAAACUUUGUAUUUUUAUUACCUGAUCACGCUGUUAGGAGUCAUUGCCCAUGCAUGUGUAUACACAUGUGGCUUGCUUGUCUGUGUACGUGCUGUUAACUAUUAUAUAUACGACGUUAUUUUGCAAUUUGUGUUACUUGAAUAUAUAUAAUAAUUGUCUGUUGAACUAAA